AUGCUGGACCGGGCCUUUGUCCGUGCCCAGUGUACAGCGCGAGUGAGUCGCCGGUCUAUGCUACGGACUAAGGCAGUGUCAUCUUACUCGGGGUCCCACCGCCUAAGCAGUCAUGCCGCUCAAGUUAACCGGCCUGUUCGCGUCGCGAUUGUGGGCUCCGGUCCUGCAGGAUUCUACGCAGCUGCGCGUCUGCUGAGCAAACAGCAGGAUGCGAUGGUUGAUAUGUACGAAAAACUCCCCGUGCCGUUUGGGUUGGCUCGGUAUGGUGUGGCUCCGGAUCAUCCCGAAGUAAAGAAUUGUGAAGAAAAAUUCACAGAGGUCGCAACUUCCCCGCGCUUCAACUUUAUCGGCAACAUUGACCUCGGCAACGACCUGCCUCUCGCUGUACUCAAGCCUCACUACGAUGCCAUCCUCUUUGCAUACGGAGCUUCCAAGGACAAAGAGCUAGGAAUUCCUGGAGAAAAAGCUUUGCGUAGCGUGUACUCGGCCCGAUCCUUUGUUGGCUGGUACAAUGGCCUCCCGGAGCAUCGGGAUCUCCAGCCAGACCUGACCAGUGGCGAGGAUGUCGUUAUUGUUGGGCAGGGUAAUGUAGCACUCGAUGUCGCUAGAAUACUACUUUCCGACGUUGAAGCACUUCGAAGCACUGACAUUACCGACUAUGCUCUGGAGGCGCUCUCGAAGAGCCGAAUCAAGCGCGUGCGAGUCGUUGGUCGCCGAGGACCGCUGCAGGCUUCUUUCACCAUCAAGGAGAUUCGAGAGCUUCUCCAGCUUCCGUCUGUCUCCUUCCAUCCCAUCCCAAAAGAUGUGUUUCCUCCCGAGGACGUCGUCAACGGAUUACCUCGGGCACAGAAGCGACUGAUGCAGCUUCUUGCCAAGGGCUCUGCCAAUGAUCCUCAGACAGCGACCAAAUCGUGGUCGCUAGACUUCCUUCUCUCUCCUGAUUCUCUUCACUGGUCACCUAUGCACCCGUACCGCCUCACACAUGCCAAAUUCUCCCGCAACGAGCUCGACCCCGCGGAUCCUUACAACCCCACCUCCAAGGUCACGCCGAAGUAUUUGUCCAGUGGGAAGCGUGCUAUGGUAAAUCUACCUUCUAGCGUCUUCUUCCGCAGUGUCGGCUACAAGUCGCUUCCUCUGCCUGGACUAGAGGACCUGGGAAUUGAAUUUGAUUCUCAUCGUGGAAUAAUUCCCAAUGACGGGUUCGGUCGGGUUAAGAGCCUGUCAGGCUCCGGCGAAUCCCACAAACUGCCCGACGGCUCUUUGAUAAGCCAUCUACCCGGCCUGUACUGUGCUGGGUGGGUCAAGCGAGGCCCAACCGGUGUCAUUGCGUCCACCAUGACCGAUGCGUUUACCACCGCGGAUAGCCUGAUGAAAGAUCUGGCAGACCACAACGGCUCUGGCUCUCUCCUCAGGGCCCCCGAACAAAGCAGUGGCCUUGGUUGGGAUGGAGUCAAGCCCGAGGCUGCCCGCCUUGGUCUUCGACCGACGUCCUGGCAAGACUGGCAACGUAUUGAUGCUGCCGAACGUGAGCGUGGCCAACGAAAAGGCAAGGUCCGGGAUAAGUUUGGACGUAUAGAGGAAAUGCUUGAGGUGAUCAGUUGA